AUGGAAGAAUUGGGAAUAGUUAAAACAGAAUCCAAAAACUUGAAAGUUACAAAAGAAAAUAAUAGCAAUUCUUUAUAUGCCAAACUAGCUGCGUCCCGUAAUCAAAAUUCAUCAAGUAAUGACCUUUAUUUGAAAUUAAAGAAGCUAGAAAAGGAGUAUGAGCUAUUGACGUUGCAAGAGGAAUACAUUAAAGAUGAACACCGUCAUUUGAAAAGAGAAUUGCUGAGGGCACAAGAAGAAGUCAAAAGGAUACAAUCAGUUCCAUUGGUCAUUGGUCAAUUUUUGGAACCGAUUGAUGAGAGCACAGGUAUUAUUUCUUCUACCACCGGUAUGAACUAUGUUGUCAGGAUUUUAUCCACAUUGGACAGAGAAUUAUUAAAGCCAUCAACUUCUGUGGCCUUGCAUCGUCAUUCCAACGCUUUGGUUGAUAUAUUACCACCCGAUUCAGAUUCUAGUAUAUCUAUUAUGGGAUCUGAUGAAAAGCCAGAUGUUACUUAUGCAGAUGUUGGUGGAUUAGACAUGCAAAAACAAGAAAUUAGAGAAGCCGUUGAAUUACCCCUAACACAGCAAGAUUUAUAUGAACAAAUAGGUAUAGACCCUCCAAGAGGUGUUUUGUUAUAUGGCCCGCCCGGUACUGGUAAAACAAUGUUAGUGAAAGCAGUGGCAAAUAGCACCAAAGCCAAUUUUAUUAGAGUAAAUGGGUCUGAGUUUGUCCAUAAAUAUUUAGGGGAAGGUCCAAGAAUGGUUCGUGAUGUUUUCAGAUUAGCUAGGGAAAAUGCACCUUCUAUUAUUUUUAUUGAUGAAGUUGAUUCUAUUGCUACGAAGCGUUUUGAUGCACAAACAGGUUCAGAUCGAGAGGUUCAGCGUAUUCUAAUUGAAUUAUUGACUCAAAUGGAUGGUUUCGAUCAAAGCACUAAUGUUAAAGUUAUUAUGGCCACCAAUAGAGCAGAUACUUUAGAUCCAGCCUUAUUAAGACCGGGUAGAUUGGAUAGAAAAAUCGAAUUUCCAUCAUUGAGGGAUAGACGUGAACGUCGUUUAAUUUUUAGUACCAUUGCUUCUACCAUGAGCUUAGCUCCAGAAGUUGAUUUGGAUUCCUUGAUUAUUAGAAAUGACGCAUUGAGUGGUGCUGUUAUUGCAGCAAUCAUGCAAGAAGCGGGACUAAGAGCCGUGAGAAAGAAUAGAUAUGUCAUUUUGCAAAGUGAUUUAGAAGAAGCCUAUUCUGCUCAAGUUAAAACGGGUUCUGAUGUUGAUAAAUUUGAUUUCUAUAAAUGA